CAAAACCAUUCCAUUUCUACUCGGCAUUCCCUCGCUUGCCAACAAGUGCACAAUUGAUACUUCGUGACCGUCCGCAGCUCUUGCGCUCUGACCCCCCUCCCAACCAUGGCCGAAGCCCCGCAGAGCGUGCCAUCGCUGGCUGCGCUGUGCGUGGCGCGCUUGGCCAUGGGCGCUCCACAGCGUGCACUACUGAGCAUCCUUCGGUGAGUUUUCCGGUUCCUCGCUUGGAUCUAAAAGUGCUGACGGAAUCGGUGUCUAAUGCAAUGCGCAGUCGUCUACCAGAGGAGCUGGUGCUGAAGCUGCUGGCCGAUAUGAUCGCGUCCAAGACGCUGACGGAUGACCGUCUCGCGGCCUUCUUCAUGAUCUCUCGUCGCGUGUUGAACCUCUCGGGCUGUUGCGCAAUCCGUAACUCGAUCCUACGCCAGAUCCCCUUCCGUUGCCCGGAGUUGCGCUGUCUGGAUCUGUCAAACUGUCCUCAAGUCACCAACACGGUGAUCCGUGCGGUGCUGCAAGGUUGCUCCAACCUGCAGACGCUGCAGCUGGAUGGAUGCCGUCACAUCACUGACGCCGCGUUUCAGCCGGAUCACUCGCCAUUCUACGCGCUGCACGCGUGUACAUCACUGAAGGUCGUGAGCUUCGCGCGCUGCUCGCAGUUGACAAAGGACCUCGUCCUGUUCCUGGUCAAAGCUUGCCGAUCCCUCAUCGACAUUAAUUUCUCGCGAUGCAAGCGCAUUCAUGACGAUGCGAUCCACUUGCUGCUUCGCUCGGCUACCGACUUGCAACGACUGAACUUGUCGUUCAUGGACAUCACGGACAAGGCGUUUACAACGGAGCCAUCGGACCAACGCAAUGGCUUCUACGCCAUGGGUCGCGCUCUCCGUGCUAUCGACCUCACACAAAGCAGCAUCACCGACGUCACAUUAUUUGCUUUGGCGAAGCAUUGCCCACACCUCGAGGAAGUGAAACUCAGCUGCUGCAGCGAGAUGACGGACGUGGGUAUCGAAGCGCUCGUGCGCUCCUGCAGACGUCUGCGUGUGUUAGAUCUGAAUAACUGCGCGUUAAUCACUGACCGUGGUGUCGGAAUGAUUGGAGCUUACGGCCAGCAACUGGAACGAUUGAACUUGUCGUGGUGCAUGAAUAUCACCGACAAGAGCGUCGUGGAUAUUGCUAGCGGUUGCGAGAACUUGCAGGAAUUGUUGCUGGUGUGGUGCACGCAGCUCACUGAUGCCUCGAUCGACGCGUUCCUGCCUGAUGAUGCAACAGCGAGGACCCAAGUUCUGAAGCUCAACUUCAGCGGGUGCAAGGGGAUCAGCGCCGCACACGUAGAGAUUGCUCGCACCAAGGGGCUGGAUAUCGUUACUGGCUCCUAACGCCGAAGCGCUGGUGCUCCCCACUCAAGCAAGCAGCCGCGCAAUUUAGAUGAUCCACAGACGUAUAGCUAUCUAUUUAUUAUGCACGAAGUGUACCGAAAAACGUGAGCAAGUGAAGUUGUUGUUGUCUCCCAA